AUGUACAUCACACUCUACUUCAUAGUCACCCGACUCCUUGACUCUCUUCGCGUAGUCAGGGACCACUUUCUCGCCCUCCCCCCCACCGACCUCACAGUCGACGACCUCGAGAAGCAACUUCUUGCAGCUGAGUCCAACAUCGUCACUGUAAGUGCUGCUCGUGGCGCUCCCCGCACUCCCCUCUUUGAGGGGUGUGCCCCCUCCCCCCUCGCCCCCUCCCACGCCUCUGCUGCUGCUGUUGACUUCCUUGGUGCUGAGGAGGUCGGUGCCGCUUCUGCCCCUAGUCGGAAGCGCCGCAGCGGCAAGGGCAAGGGAGGCAAGGGUGGCAGCGGUGGCAGCGGGGGGGGUGGUGGUGGAGGCGGAGGCGGUGGGGGUGGUGGCGGUGGGGUUGGUGCCGGGAGUGGAGGUGUCGGUGGCGGUGGUGGCGGCAGCGGUGGGCGUGGUAGUGGUGGAGGUGGCGGUGGUGGGAGCGGUGGCGGUGGUGGCAGCGGUGGUGGCAGCGGCGGAGGUGGUGGCGGCAGUGGGAGCGGUGGUACCGGCGGUGGUGGCGGCGGUAGUGGCGGACGUGGUGGACCUGUUCAGCAGGGAGGUGCUGGUGGUGGCCAGCGCCAGCAGCAGCAGCGUCCGCACGAGCCCCUCACGCCCCAGCAGCUUCGUGAGUGGUACGCUCAGCGUGGGGCGUCUGGGGGUAGUGCUCGCUGCCCGUACGUCAUUCGCACUAGGGACCGCGCUGGUCAGACAUGCAUGAAGUUUCACACUGAGUACCGCUGUUUCUCCCGCCUUGACGACGCUUGGCGUGCCCAGUUUCCUGACGCAGUGGAGCUCUCCCGCCGGGCGGACCUGCUUAAGUGCGAUAUUGAUAUCUUUGCACUUGACUUUGAUGCUAUCCUUGUUGCCAUGUAUGCAUUGACUGUUAGUGCUGAGGGAGACUGUUACUUGUGUGUGCCACCUGACCCAGGUAUAGAGUCUGCUGCUCUAGGUGCUAGUGAGUCGGCUGUCUCUGGUAUUGCGCCUGCUGAGGCCUUGCACACCUUCACUCUUGACUCAGGUGCUUCUCGCUGUUUCUUUCGUGACAGUACCGCACUCACACCGCUCCCUAGACCGGUUGCGGUCUCCCUGGCUGACCCCUCUGGGGGUCCCGUGCUUGCACGGUCCUCCACUGUACUCCCGUGUCCGGCGGUUCCGUCCGGCUCACUGUCAGGUCUCCACCUCCCCUCGUUCUCGACGAACUUGACCCUCCUUUGGCACCACCGCCUUGGUCACCCCUUCCUGCCACGCCUUCGUGGCAUGCACUCCCGCCUCCUUGUCUCUGGUCUUCCCAGGUCUCUUCCUUCCCUCCCACCCUCGCCUGCCCCGCCCUGCGUUCCUUGCGUCGAGGGGCGGCAGCGCGCCGCUCCUCACUCCUCCUCGUUUCCCCCGACGACUGCUCCCCUGCAGACCCUCCACAUGGACGUGUGGGGCCCAGCCCGCGUCCAGGGACAGGGUCGCGAGCGGUACUUUCUGCUGGUUGUUGACGACUACUCGCGUUACACCACGGUCUUCCCCUUGCGCAGCAAGGGUGAAGUCCGUGCUAUCCUGAUCCCUUGGAUCCGCGCUGUGCGUCUCCAGCUCCGCCAAUGGUUCCGAACGGACUUUCCCGUCCUGCGUCUGCACUCUGACAGAGGUGCCUCUCAACAGCAGAAUGGGGUUGCUGAGCGCCGCAUUGGCUUAGUCAUGGAGGUCGCUCGUACCUCCAUGAUCCAUGCGACUGCCCCCCAUUUUUUGUGGCCGUUUGCGGUCCGGUACGCGGCGCAUCAGCUCAACCUCUGGCCCCGUAUCUCCUUGCCGGAGACCUCCCCAACACUGCGUUGGACGGGGAAGGUUGGCGAUGCGUCGCGGUUCCGGUUUUACCACCCCACCUCGCGUCGCGUAUUCCCCUCUCAAGACGUCACGUUUGACGAGUCGGUUCCCUUUUACCGACUCUUCCCCUACCGCACUGCUCCCCCCCCCCCGCCACCGCCGCUCUUCCUCGCUCCAGGUCCCCCUCCGGUAGACCCCCUCCCCCCUCCUGGUCCUGCUCCUUUAGGUGUGUCUCAGGUAGACCCACUCCCCUUGGCUGAGCCUGUCGAGGUCACUGGUGACUCAGGUGCUGCUGGGGGGGGUGUUGUUCGGGGUGCUGAGUCUGGGGGUGCUGGGCCUGAGAGUGCAGAGCCUGGGGGUGUUGAGCCUGCGCGUGCGGAGCCUGGGGAUGUUGAGCCUGCGACUACGGAGCCUGGGGGUGCUGAGCCUGCGAGUGCGGAGCCUGGGGGUGCUGAGCCUGCGAGUGCGGAGCCUGGGGGUGCUGAGCCUGCGAGUGCGGAGCCUGGGGGUGCUGAGCCUGAGCGUGCGGAGCCUGGGGGUGCUGCAUCUGGGGGUGCUGAGCCUGGGGUGGCACUAGAGCUGGAGACACUGGUGCUGGAGGUACCGGAGGAGCUGGAGCUAGUGGUCCUGAAGACGCUGGAGCUGGAGACACUGGAGCUGGUGGUGCUGGAGCUGGAGGCACUUGAGCUGGUGGCGCUGGAGCUGGAGGCGCUGGAGCUGGAGGCCCUGGAGCUGGGGACGCUGGAGCCGGUGGCGCUGGAGGCGCUGGAGCCGGGGACACUGGAGCUGGAGACGCUGGAGCUGGAGGCGCUGGAGCUGGAGACACUGCUGGACCUGGAGGUUCUUAGUCUUCCUUCGUCCACUGCCCUUCCUCCUGGCUCGCCGUUGCCUGUCCCGUCCCGCUACACUGAGCAGCCGGUCUCCCUUACAGAGCGUCGUGAGCCUGCGUCUCGUCCUGUCUCCCCUGUUCGCGCUGUUCGCACCGCUCGUCGUGUCCCGCGUCCGCGUCCUCCUCCUGUGCCAGGCACUCACACUAUGGCACUUCGUCCCUCCUCUGCUCCACAGCGCGUCCCGCUGCCGUCUCCUCCUGCGUCCUCUCUUCCUGAGCUUCCUGACCCUAAUUCUGACCGUGUUCGUGCUGCCAGCCCUACUGUUACAUGA